UUUCUCAAGACGGUACAGAACGAAAUGGGAGACCGCAUAGAAAGAGCGCAUGCGUACCUCCAUCCAAGCCGCCAUCUAAGAUUUUGUUUUGUAAAAAGCCUCAGAACCGUCGUCUUUGUCGGAGAUAAAAAGUUACGCUGGAACCACAAUCAUGUCGUACAAUUAUGUGGUAACCGCUCACAAACCUACGGCAGUCAAUGCCUGUGUCACUGGAAAUUUCACUUCACCUCGUGACCUUAAUCUGAUUAUUGCCAAAAAUAACCGCAUGGAGAUAUAUGUUGUCACUCCUGAAGGUUUGCGUCCAGUCAAAGAAGUUGGUAUUUAUGGUCGGAUAGCUGUUCUGGAGCUUUUCCGUCCACCAGGUGAAGAGAAAGACUUCAUGUUCCUGCUGACAUCACGCUACAGUGCUAUGAUCUUGGAAUGUCAGCAGGAAGGGGACAACAUUGACAUCAUAACCAAAGCUCUUGGAUCAGUGCAGGAUAGAGUCGGUCGCCCAUCAGAGACUGGAAUCAUUGGAAUUAUUGAUCCACUUUGUCAGGUGAUAGCUUUGAGACUUUAUGACGGCCUUUUGAAGGUCAUUCCACUGGACAAAGACAGAGAAUUGAAAGCUUUUAAUAUACGCUUAGAAGAACUGACUGUGAUAGACAUACAGUUCUUACAUGGCUGCCAGGUCCCUACUAUUAUUCUUAUUUACCAGGACCAACAUGGGAGGCAUGUAAAAACUUAUCAGAUUGGCCUUCAAGAGAAAGAAUUUCAGAAAGGACCAUGGAAGCAAGACAAUGUAGAAACAGAAGCCUGUAUGGUUAUUGCAAUCCCUGAGCCAUUUUGUGGAGCAUUGAUUAUUGGACAAGAGUCAAUCACAUAUCACAAAGGAGACAAUUUUAUUCCCAUUGCACCACCAGCAAUAAAACAAAGCCCUUUAACAUGCUAUGGUAAAGUGGAUGGAUCCCGCUACCUGCUUGGUGAUAUGGCCGGAAGACUUUUCAUGCUGUUUCUUGAAAAAGAGGAGAAAAUGGAUGGCACUGUUGUAGUAAAGGAUUUAAAAGUAGAACUCCUGGGUGAGACAACAAUUGCAGAAUGUAUUACUUACUUGGAUAAUGGAGUUGUAUACAUUGGUUCCAGGUUGGGAGAUUCUCAGUUAAUUAAGUUGAAUAUCAACCCAAAUGAUAAUGGUUCUUAUGUUCAAAUUAUGGAAACUUUCACCAAUUUAGGUCCAAUUGUCGACAUGUGCGUUGUUGACUUGGAAAGGCAAGGCCAAGGUCAGUUAGUGACAUGUUCUGGUGCUUAUAAAGAAGGAUCUUUACGAAUCAUAAGGAACGGUAUUGGAAUCCAUGAACAUGCCAGCAUCGACCUUCCUGGUAUUAAAGGUAUCUGGCCUUUGAGAGUGGAUUCAGAAGUUCAUGAUAAUAUGUUAGUGAUUUCAUUUGUUGGCCAAUCUCGUGUUUUGAUGUUUAGUGGAGAAGAAGUUGAAGAAACAGAACUGGCCGGUUUUGAUGGCGACCAGGAAACAUUCUAUUGUGGCAAUGUUGAUCAUAAUCAGUUGAUUCAGGUUACCCCUGCGUGUGUUCGACUUAUUAGUGGGAGUAGUAAGAGGCUUGUACAGGAGUGGAAACACCCUGAGAACCGCAAUAUAAGCGUAUGCAGCUGUAAUCAGAAACAGUGUGUUGUUGCUGUUGGAAGUGAACUCUUUUAUCUGGAAGUACUUCAGGGAGAACUGAAACAAAUCAGUAAAUCUGUGAUGGAAUAUGAAGUAGCUUGUCUAGACAUUGGUCCUUUGAAGGAUGGAACAACACAUUCUGAACUGUGUGCCGUUGGCUUGUGGACAGACAUAUCUGCUCGAGUAUUACUUCUUUCAACCUUUGAAACUUUGCAUGUCGAGAUGUUAGGUGGUGAAAUUAUUCCUCGGUCUAUUUUGAUAGCAGCAUUUGAAGGGAUCCACUAUCUUCUUUGUGCUCUUGGUGAUGGUUCUCUGUUCUAUUUUAACCUCAACAUAGAAACUGGGUAUCUUUGUGAUAAAAAGAAAGUGACCCUUGGCACCCAGCCAACUGGCCUCCGGACAUUUCGAAGUCUGUCCACGGUAAAUGUGUUUGCCUGUUCAGACCGUCCAACAGUUAUCUACUCCAGUAAUCAUAAGUUGGUAUUUUCUAAUGUCAACUUAAGAGAAGUCAACCAUAUGUGUCCAUUAAAUUCAGAAGGUUACCCUGACAGUCUUGCUCUGGCCAAUGAUAGCACUUUGACUAUUGGAACAAUUGAUGAAAUCCAGAAGCUACAUAUACGGACAAUUGCACUUUCAGAGUCUCCACGUCGGAUUGCUUACCAAGAGGCCUCUCAAACAUUUGGAGUGAUUUCUAUGAGAAUGGAUAUCCAAGAUGCAAGUGGGACUCGACUUUCACGAAUCAGUGCUAGUGUCCGUGCAGCUAAUACAUCCUAUAGUACCAACACCAAGCAGAUGACCGGUAGCACGAGUGCCAUACCUGAGUAUAUGUACGGCGACCAAGUUGAAGUCCAUUCAUUAUUGAUUAUUGAUCAGCAUACAUUUGAAGUGCAUCAUGCCCACCAGCUAAUGGCCAAUGAGUUUGCAUCAAGUUUAAUCUCGGCAAGACUUGGAGAUGAUCCAAAUACCUAUUACAUUGUUGGAACUGCAAUGGUUAAUGCUGAGGAAGCUGAACCGAAACAGGGCAGAAUCAUCAUUUUUCAUUAUAAUGAUGGUAAACUGACUGUUGUUGCUGAAAAAGAAAUCAAAGGUGCAGCCUACAGUUUAGUUGAAUUUAAUGGCAAAUUAUUGGCAAGCAUUAACAGUACAGUGCGUCUAUUUGAAUGGACAGUAGAGAAAGAACUUCGCCUUGAAUGUAGCCACUUCACAAAUAUCAUUGCUCUUUAUUUAAAAACAAAGGGUGACUUCAUCCUUGUUGGAGAUCUGAUGCGAUCAAUAACUUUGUUGGCUUACAAACCCCUUGAAGAGAACUUCGAAGAAAUUGCACGAGAUUCUAAUCCGAACUGGAUGACAGCUGUUGAGAUCCUUGAUGAUGAGAAUUUUCUUGGAGCCGAGAACUCUUUCAAUUUGUUUACCUGCCAAAAAGACAGUGCUGCAACCACAGAUGAAGAGAGACAACAUUUACAGGAAGUUGGCCUUUACCAUCUUGGUGAAUUUGUGAAUGUUUUUAGACAUGGUUCAUUGGUAAUGCAGCAUGCUGGGGAAAAUUCCACUCCCACUCAAGGAUCUGUGUUGUUUGGUACUGUGAGUGGUGCUGUUGGUCUCGUGACGCAGCUGCCUCAAGAUUUCUACAACUUUCUACUUGAAGUACAGAAAAAUUUGGCCAAAGUGAUUAAGAGUGUUGGGAAGAUUGAACAUUCUUUAUGGAGGUCAUUUCACACAGAAAGGAAAACAGAACCAGCCGAAGGUUUCAUUGAUGGAGAUCUAAUGGAGAGUUUUCUUGAUCUUGAUCGAGACAAGAUUGACCAGGUGGUGCAAGGACUGCAGAGUUCACAUACUAAAUUUGAUGAUGGUAGUGGCAUGUCGAGAGAUGCCACAGCUGACGACCUCAUCAAGAUAGUGGAGGAACUGACACGGAUUCACUGAGUGUUUGGCCUUAAGGAAAAGGAGCAUUUCUCUCUUUCUCUUUCUUCCAAUACCCCUUUCCUCAUCCAAAACCCACAUCAUCCUCAUCAUCAUCACCACCAUCAUCAUUCACCACUAUUACUGUAACUGACUCCACCCCAAUCAGAUCCCCCCUCCCCUCGCCCUUGCUUAAUUUUUGUUUGUUUCUUUCUUUGGAUUGAAGUAGUCUUCUUUUUCAUCUUGUUUCUUUCUUUCACCUUAAACCCUUCCUUUUCGUCCUUCAUUUGCUCUCCUGUUAAAUAUUGAUAGGUAGGGAUAUGAAGUAGGAGGUCUAAAUCACCAAUAGGUCUUUGUGUUCCUUCUCUCACUCCCUCCUCCGUCUCUUCUUCUCUGCUCAGCUCCCUUACCAUUCUUUAUACUUCAUUGAAACAAUCUGUGUUCAAACACACUCACACACAAGUUUUAUUUACAAGCCUACAUCCAUAUGCAUGUGUGUGUGUAUAAAUAUAUAUAUAUAUAUACCUCAUUAAUAAAACUGCAAAGACGUCACAAAAACUGUUACUCAGAGUUUCACGUUCCUGUUCGCCGGACAGUUUUGGUUGAGAAUGGAACAAAAUAUUGUUAUAUGCAUAAAUAAAUAAAUAUAUAUAUAUAUAUAUAUUUAUGAACGUGAAACUCUGAGUAACAGCUUUUGUGAUGUCUUUGCAGCUUUAUUAAUAAAGCAUAUUACUCUACCCCCGGUAGUCGAGUACUACUUUUUUCCCACCUUGUAUCGCAUUUAUGUGCUUGCUCUGGUUUAUAUAUAUAUAUAUAUAUAUAUACAUAUAUAUAUAUAUAUAUGUGUGUGUGUGUGUGUAAAAUAACUCUUAUAGGACUAGUAAGACAACUAGUUUGAUAAGGGCCAUUUAUUUAAUAAAUAUAUCAGUCAUUAUCUUUGGCCACAUCACCUUGCCAUAGAUGCACGUGUGUGUACAUGCACAGGCAUCCAUACAUUUGGUAAUAGUUAUGUAAUGUUAAUGCUUAGCUAUGAGUGUGUGUUUGCACAUUUAACAACAGUCUACCUUAACUGUUAGAUUACUUCCCUUGUUUCAAGUAGCCAGUAAAUUGUAAAAGAAGAAAAAAUAAACAAGGAUGAAUCUAAAAUACUACACACCAGUUAGAUAAUGCAUCCAGCUUCACUUUGUGUAGUCUAUCAGCAUUUAAUACUUUCUCUUGCCAAAUAAACUAGUUUUGUCCUCCUACUUCAUCCUAUGACACUCUCUCUCUUGCUCUGUCGAUUAAACAUAUUGCGAAUCAGUUUGUCUUAGUCAUUCAAAGCCAACAUUUGUUUCAGGUGUUUAUCACCACUUUGCUCCUUCAGUCUUUUCUUACCUAAUCCCCACUCCCCUUAAUCACACACACACACACACAUGCACACACACAUAUGCACAGACACAGACAAACACAAACUUUGACUUCCUUUCUGCUAAAUGAGAAACUAAGUUGCUAUUGUCAAUUUGUAUUUGGAAACAGCAGAGGUUAUUCAAGCCCACCUCCUUCCAUGUUAUAAAUGAUCUUCGUUUGAGUAGGAUUCUGUUGUUUUAAAGUAUAUCUUUAAUUUUAAUUUUUUUUAAAAAAAGAAAUUUUUUUCCAGUGCCCCCUCCCCCUGCCUCCCUUUAAAUAUUAAAUAGUACUUCUCACUUCUGCUACUCCACCUACCAUCCAGAAGUGUAUCUUGUUGUCAUGCUACAAUUUGAACUGUAAGAAACAAACAACUAAUGAUAAAGGAAAUAUUUGAAAAUAACAACAACAAUAAUAAAUUAACUUUGUUUUCAUUUUAUUGCUUUCAAUUUA